CGGUCUUGCAAGUUAUAUGUCAGAGAGUCAAAUGGUAUAGACGAGGCCGGGGUGUAAGAGGCAAGCAUCGGAGUUAAGCCAAGGGUCCAAGUGUAGAUCGGAUGAUCUGUGCUUUCCAGAUGCGGGCAGGCGCGCGCGAUCGCGACACCAACUCUAAAGCUAUCACGUUGUCGAUUGGGUAAUCAUGUAAACUCAACAAUUCUUGGACGAGUCGUCUGCUUCUCUUUUCUCUUCUCCCAUUUCAGAUUCUUAGGAUUGACCCAAAUCAAAACACAGCAAUGGCAGCAGCAACAUCAACAUCAGAAAGAGUGGUCGACUCGGCCAAGGUGUGGACUACACUGAUCACAAACACCAACUACCUCUCGGGCUUGUUGACGCUGGACUACUCGCUGAAGGCCGCUGGCAGCAAGUACCCUCUCGUCGCUCUCUAUACCGAUACCUUCCCUCCCGAGGGCCAUGCUGCUCUCAAGGCUCGCGGCAUUCCUUCCAAGCGCAUUCCCUACCUCCUGCCUACCAUGUCCAAGGACUACAGCAACGACCCUCGUUUCUACGAUUGCUGGAGCAAGCUCACUCCCUUCGGUCUGGUCGAGUAUGAGCGUGUCGUCCAACUUGACAGCGACAUGCUCAUCCUCAAGAACAUGGACGAGCUGAUGGACAUCCCUCUUGACAGUGCUGAGCUCGCCGGUCGCGGUGACCGCGUCUUCGCAGCAAGUCACGCCUGUGUCUGCAAUCCCUUGAAGAAGCCUCAUUACCCCAAGGAGUGGGUACCCGCCAACUGUGCUUUUACCACUCAACACGACAACCCCGACGAGGCUCAGAAGACUGGUGCUUCUCCCCUUGCAGGCCUCGCCAUGCCCAAUGGAGGUCUCCAGGUCGUCGUACCUAGCACCGAGGUCUACAACCUGAUCCAGGAGGGUCUGCAGUCAUCCGUGACUGCUUCUUACGAGUUUGCCGAUCAAUCCAUGCUCAGCGACCUCUUCCCCGGUCGAUGGGUCGCCCUGCCCUACAUCUACAAUGCCCUCAAGACCUUGCGCUGGAGCGGUGUGCACGACGCUAUCUGGAGGGAUGAUGAAGUCAAGAACGCCCACAUCCUUCUCAGCCCCAAGCCUUGGGACGAGGUGGGCGCCGACAAGGGCAAGAACGAUGAGACACACAAAUGGUGGUGGAAUUACAACGAUCGCCGCCAAGCAGAAGAGAAGAGCAGGAAUAUUGAUGAUGGCUUCUAAGCGCUCCAUCUUUGAGCUAGAUGACAAAAGAACUUUGGACGAUAUUUGAUACCCAAAAUGUUGAAACAUCACAUACACUAUAAUUAAACAUACCAUCACGAAUCAAGGACACUCUGGAACAGACUCCAAACUAUACCCA